UCUAUCGCUCGCUAAAACCGGUGUCGUGCAGGUGCUCGUUCGAUCGCAAGGAGCUCAUUCGAUCGAUUUCCCUUCAACAAGCAACACCGACAGUGGCAAGGACGAUAGAAGAAAUGUUCUCCCGAUUCGAGAGCUGGCUAGCUAAGCAGCGGGCAAAGUGCAACAGCUUCCCGUGGAGCCAUUGUGCACGGCCGGACAGAGCAGCGUCAGCUGAGUUUUCGUUCACCGGAUACCGCAAUUGGACACCCGAGGCACGUCACAACAGCUUACCCAGGCGCCAAUUUACAAUUUUCUUGUCGGAACGAAAUAUAGGCGAUGGAGAGGAACAAACAAUGUUGAAAAAACUGCUUAAAGGUAAUGAAAGUGCGCUAGCGUGGUGUUCAGGGAUAACGACAAUAGUGAAUCUCUUUUCCCUUCCAGAACAUGGCUUGUACAACAAACACCAGACAAUUCAUCAGCGUCGUCGAUUGAAAUAUCUGCUGGAGCUGGAACAGCGUACACUAUCACCUCACGACGAUACUGCGAUCAUGUCCGGCUGCCUAAAAGCCUCAGCCAACAAUAACCGGACCUGCCCGAUUGAAGUUCAUUCGAUGCCAUUCCAUUGUCCCCGACCGGCAACAGGUGCUGCGAAGUGCUGUGCCACCUCAACUGCCAGUUCACCGAAAAAGGUCCGCCGAGUUGCUUCCUUACCGUCACUCGCGUCAACGAAGGAUAGCAAUCCUCGGACGGAAAAUCCUGUCAACGCUUCACAUCCAACCAUCGCACGGGAAGCGCAGGAACGAGAUAAGUCCAAAUGCCUGAAGACUAUUUCAUGGAAAAAUUCAGCAUCCAGCGACACUCCAUCCACCAUCGAGACGGCUGUAUAG